UUCAGUUUUAAGACUUUCAUUCAUCAGACACACCCAAAGAGUAUCGUCCGAAAGAAAGCGCUUACAACGCGAAGUGAUCUUUAUUUGUUCGGAGGCAACAUUAAUUGAUUGACAGGGUCCUCUACAAAUCAACAUGGAGAUAAUGAACGGCGCAACCAAUCAAAUGUCUAAAGGCGAACUCGUAGUGAAGCAACAUUACCGGGAUGAUAGGAUGCUGAAAUACAGGCUGCAUCUUGUGAAAGAAACGAAGAGCGAAAGGUGCUAAAAACAUUUGUGGAAUUCGGUGACAAAACAGCUCAGCUAAAGAACGAGAAUUUAUUUCAUAGUUGUACUUACUACUCAAGCAGAAACGGUGUGCGGUGAAUUGAUGUGGUGAGCAGAAAAGGAGGUACCCUAACGGAACCGGACCUCUUCGCAGGUACCUUUGUGUUAGCUCCAGGAAUGCUUGAAGAGGGCACACAUCAGUAAAUCAACAUAUGCUUCACUGACAGUAAUACUCACUCACAAAACACUGAUGUAAGGCUUUCUGAAGGAAAAAAGAAUGCAGGAUCGAUCAAACCACCAAGGGCUAGACAGGGGACUAAGACUUGUUGAUUUAUUGCGCAAUAGUUCCUUUAGUGGAGCGGCCUCUAGCUUGGUAACAACUUUGAUAACAUUCCCAAUCUACAAGACCACCUUCAGGCAACAGCUUCAUGCCUUGGUAAUACGAGAAGCCUUAAAGCAGCUCUACAAAGAAGGACCACUGAAGUUCUACAGAGGUGUUCUACCACCAAUGUUGGCUAAAACGGUUCAGGGAACAGUAUUAUUUGGCACCUAUGAAACUGCCCUACAUUGGCUGUCAUCUAGAAGUGAUGGUAGAUCACAGUCCAUCCUUCUGUGCUGUAUCUCAGGAUUUUUCUCUGGAACCAUUGAGGCUCUUAUCCUCACUCCUUUCGAGAGAGUCCAAAAUAUACUACAGGAUAGCCGCAAAGACUCCAAGUUGCCCAAUGUCCGUAGAAUCCUGCAACAAUUUAAUAGCAGCAGUGGAUAUCAGGUUCUGACUAAUGGCUACUAUAGAGGAUUUCUUCCCACAGUGUUAAGAAAUGGUGUUGGAAGUGCCAUGUUCUUUAGCUCUAAGGAUCUAAUCCGUGACCACUUGACACAAAGAGGCCUAAGUGCACAUGUGUCUUCCUUUGUUUCAGGAAGUGUGAACAGCAUAGUCAUCAGCUUAUUGUUGUACCCAUUAUCUGUUCUGAUUGUCAACAUGCAGUCCCAGGUUGGCGGGGAGGUACGGAAUUUAAAGGACUCCAUCACUGCUGUCUGGCGUUCCCGUCAAAGUCAAGUUCAUCUCAUCUACCGAGGGGUUUUGUUGGUCAUUCUUCGAUCUUGUAUAACAUGGGGACUCACAACCACAAUGUAUGAGUCCAUGAAGGGGAAAUCUUUCAAAAGUGAUUAAACCAGAGAAACUGGAUUUAACCAAUGCCACUCAGAUAAUCCAUGGGAGAGCCACAACAUUUGUAGGUUUACAUUCUAUUCAUACUCCUUAUUCAAAGGUUCACCGAUUACUGUUUGUUAAUCUGUUUUUUCUUAGUACUUGGACUGUUUGAUUUUCACUGUGAGGCAUAAGAACACAAGAAUCAAUAUGGCUGUCUGUGGUGUUGAAGUCUCAGGUAUAAUAAAAUAAUAAACAACAUUUCUAUUAUAUCAUUAUUGUAGCCUAAAGUUUAGUCAAUUAAAUUAUAAAGCAUGUUCAUUAAAACAAGGUAUUUUUGCUUAGGUUUUUUCAAGAUGAUAUCAAUAAACCCCUACAGCCCAAAUUCAUUACUUGGUGAUGUUAAAGAUGUUAUGUUCAGCACUAAUGCAUUAUUUCAUUUGAUAGCUUUAUUGUUUUAAAUACAAGUUUAGCUAAUAUCAGAGAGUUGUCUUCUUUUUAGCUUAUCUAUCAGGUUAACACUAUGACAAAAAUGGUGCUAAUGGUUAUAGGAAUCUGAAAGCGAGUCAUGACAUUGUCUAACAAGACCCAUGGGCAGGUUAAUCUCAAAGCAAAGUGCAAAGCGGCACACUCCUCGGGGAACCACAUUUUGGGGGACUCAUGCAGGAAACAUCCACAAUCCCUUUACAAAUACACAUAACAAUAUAAGUAUAUGCAUGUUAAAUAUUUUCAUAAAGCAGCGCAGAAAGCUAUUCAUGAUAACACCCUAAAAAAAAAAAAAAAAUUUCUACCAUAGGCCCAAUUUCCCUUUGAGACAACCAUGUCCACAGGGGUUUCAGCAUUAAAAAUUACUAUUGCUUGACCCCUUUGUCAGCAAUUUAGAAAUCUUAAGUUGCAUCACUGUCAUAAUCAGAGUUUAAUUCAAGAAAACAGAUGGAAAAGGGCAUUUUUCUAAACAAUAACAGAAAUAUGACUGCAGUAUUUGGGUUUAUUUUUCUGUUCACACACUGUGAGCCAAAGAAGUGUUUAUGUAAGAAACAUUAGUUUAAUAAUAUGGAAAUCAUUCUCAGGCAGAUUUGUGUGCUUCCCACAGUUAAGUGACAAGGGUUUGAUUACUCAUCUGGUCACUAUCUUUAAGGGAGUAUACAUUUUAACCUGGAGAAAUUAAAAUUGUUAGGUGGUAUAGAAAGUAACAGGCUACAUGAUUAGUUUCUUUAGCAUUCCCACAAUUGUACUGAGGGGUUACAGAAAAUGUUCUGUAUACAUCUGGCUAUUUUUGAAACAUCUUACACUAAUAUAGAGAUGAAGGGGUUCUGCAUGCCCUUAAUUAUUGUUAAAAAAUUAUUUGUAUAUUGUUGAUUCAAUAGUGAAAUGGGACUCCUUUUUGGGGUUACUAUGAUGCCUCUUUGGUGACUCAAAUUUCACCUUCUACUUUUAUGGUAAGGUCUUUCCUGAAAUUCUUCACAAAUAUGGCAUUUUUAUGGAACUAUGCACAGAUAUAUAAUUAGACUUGCAAAGUAAAUCAGGGUAUUGAACUGAACCUACAGCCUCCAGGUAUAAUGUCUAAAUCUUCUUGCCACAAUACCUGAGGUCUGUGAAAUUAAUUAAAAAAAGACUAUUGCUGCUUCUGUGCUACCACUAAGACUUAGAAUAAGGCUGACAGACUGAUUAUAGGUAUGCCAUUGUAAAAAAGCACUUCGAAAUAGGUGUUUUUUUGCACAUUGAUUAUGUCAAAUGUAAGCAACAAGUAUUUGGAUGCUUAACUUGGGAAGAUAUAGAGGAGAGUAUUAAAACUGUUGCUUUCACUGAUUUUUAAACUGAUAAUUUAACUAUUACAUUCUGUCUCUACUGUUCAACAGUACACUUGAUGCCUAUUCAAUCCACUUUCUUUGACUUUUGCCUGUGUAAUACCUAAGCACAAAUAAAUGUUCUUAAAAGCAUGAUAAAAACUUCAACUGCUUGCAUUUUGCUGUAAUUCUCUGCACAC